GCGCAUCACUAGUUCCGGUCAUUUCUUUCGGUGAAAAUGAGUUAUUAAUGCAAAAAGAAAAGGAGGAAAAGUCUCGGAUCCGCAAAACGCAAGAAUUCUUGACACAAGUACUGGGUUUCUCUGCGCCUAUGUUUCACGGCCGAGGAGUGUUUCAGUAUAACAUGGGAUACCUUCCCUUCCGAAAACCCAUUACAACAGUGGUUGGAAAGCCAAUUGAUGUGAUACAAGUGGAUGAACCGACUGAUGAGCAGAUCUAUGAUCUUCACGACAAAUACAUCAUAAAACACUAUAAGAAUAUACUGCAGAAUAAAUAA